CACCUGGCGAGUCGCCGUAGGGAGGAGCAAACGUCGCCCUAGCAACGGCCGAGGUUUAGCUUAGUUAGCUAUAGGAUCCUUCUAAGGCGGACUGAGUUACUGGUAAAAGAAAAACGCCUUAAAUUCCCAGUUUAGUAACCGAAGCUGUGAUGGCGACAAGCAACCCGUCCGUGUUUCUGCUCACGGUGAACGGACAGAUAGAGGGAGCCAACUUUCCAGAGUAUGACGAUUUGUACUGCAAAUACUGUUUCGUCUACGGUCACGACUGGGCUCCCACUACAGGGUUGGAGGAAGGCAUCACACAAAUAACCCGUAAAAACAGCCAAUCUUCACACAGGUUAAUAUGGAACUUUCCACUGGAAACAACGUUUAAGAGCACAAAUCCUUCUGGAUGGCCUCAGCUAGUAGUGAGUGUAUACGGUCCAGAUGUGUUUGGCAACGAUGUGGUCAGAGGCUACGGAGCAACACAUGUCCCCUUCACACCUGGACAACAUACAAGAACCAUCCCCAUGUUUGUUCCUGAGCCGACGUGGAGACUUCAGAAGUUCACAGGCUGGUUGUUGGGACGGCGGCCCGAGUACACAGACCCCAAAGUGGUAGCCCAGGGUGAAGGCAGAGAAGUGACUAGGGUUCGUUCUCAAGGCUUCGUUACGGUUUCCUUUCACAUCUUGACUAAAGACAUGAAGAAAAUGGGAUAUGACAUCGGACCGUCAAGCCCUGCAAACUCAGCAUCUGUUACAUCUGGCUGGUCGACUGAGGAACAACAAUAAUGACACGUAAUAAGAGACUGUUGGGGCAGUUAACCUGUCCACUCAUUCUUUUCCCACAAGGACAUUUUUGUCUGCCAAAAUACAUCCACAACGCUCACAUCAACUAAUUUAUUUACCUCUUUGAUAGUAAUCCUGCAAUGCUAAAAAUGAAAUUAUUUUAAUGCGAUCAUAGUUAAUCAGAUAUUUUCUAUUGUCCUACUUUGCUAUUUUUUUUUAAAAAGUUUUUAAAUAAAUGCAAAUUUCACCAAAA